AUGGCGAGCGACGAGUCGCUAGACGCGUUCGCAGGGAAGAUCAGCGGCAUGGCGGCGCGCUACACCGGGCUGGGAGCGACCCUCGACGACGCGGCGAUGGUGAGGAAGCUCCUGGAUUGCGUCCCGGAUCGUCUGUACGCGGCGGUGGCGGGGAUGGAGCAGUUCUGCGACCUCUCGACGCUGCUCUUCGACGACGCGCUCGGGCGCCUGAAGGCGUUCGACGAGCGGCUGCGUCGGCGUGGUCAGGCAGGCGGCGAGCGGGCAGACGGUGAGCAGCUCAUGCUCACCGCAGCACAGUGGCGUGCACGCGAGCGGCGGCGAGGCGGUGCACGCGGUGAAGACGACGACGACGGCGCGGCGAGCACGGCAUCAGGCGGCGGGGACAACCGUCGCGGGAAGUGCUACAAGUGUGGCGUCAGAGGUCAUUUCAAGAGGGAGUGCCCCCUGCUGCGGAAGGAGCCGGCCGCGGGGCAUGCCCUGAUGGUGGACGCGGACGUCGAGGACGCCGACCUGCUCUGA